AUGGCGCUGAGGGUGAAGGCAGGCGUGUGGCGGCCAGCGAGCUGGCUGCCCAGGCUGGGGGCCUGGGGUCCGGGUGCCAGUGCCGCCCCAGCCGCCCAGGGGGUGCUGCCCUUUGAAGCCAUACCCCGGUGUCCCGGCAACAAGUGGCUGAGGAUGCUGCGGGUCUGGAAGGAGCAGGGCCAGGAGAACCUCCACCUGGAGAUGCAGCAGAACUUCCAAGAGCUGGGGCCCAUUUUCAGGUAUGACAUGGGAAGGUCGCAGAUGGUGAACGUGAUGCUGCCCGAGGACGUAGAGCGGCUGCAGCAGGCGGAUGGCCUGUACCCCUGCCGCAUGAGCGUGGAUCCCUGGCUGGCAUACCGAGAGCUCCGUGGGCACAAACCGGGCGUGUUCCUGCUGAAUGGCCCCGAGUGGCGCUUUAACCGGUUGCGGCUGAACCCUGACGUUUUGUCACCAAAGAGCACUCAGAUGUACAUCCCCAUGUUGGAUGUGGUGGCCAGAGACUUCGCGGAGGUCCUGAAGAAGAAGGUGCUGCAGAACGCCCGGGGCAGUCUGACCGUGGACAUCGAGCCCAGCAUCUUCCACUACAGCUUAGAAGCCAGCACCUUCGCCCUGUACGGGGAGAGGCUGGGCCUCCUGGGCAGCAGCCCCAGCCUCGCCAGCCGCGACUUCAUCCGCGCCCUGGGGGUCAUGCUGAAGUCCACCCCGUUGCUCAUGUGCAUGCCCAGGGUGCUGUCCCGCUGGGCCAGUGCCAAGGUGUGGGAGGAGCACUUCAGGGCCUGGGACUGCAUCUUCCAGCACGCCAGCAACAGCAUCCAGAACAUCUACCAGGAGCUGGCACUCGGCCGCCCGCGACACUACAGCGGCAUCGUGGCCGAGCUGCUGCUGCACGCAGACCUGUCCCCAGACAGCAUCAAGGCCAGCCUCAUCGAGCUCACAGCAGGGAGCGUGGAGACGACCACCUACCCCUUGCUGAUGACCCUGUACGAGCUGGCGCGGAACCCCCACGUGCAGCAGGCCCUGCGCCAGGAGAGCCUGGCUGCUGAGGCCGCAAUCACCGAGAAUCCCCAGCGGGCCCGCACGGAGCUGCCCCUGCUGUGGGCAGCCCUCAAGGAGACCUUGCGGCUGUACCCCGUGGGCCUCACGCUGCAGCGACACGUGACCUCCGACUUGGUGCUGCAGAACUACCACAUCCCGGCCGGGACCUUGGUCCUGGUGUACCUCUACUCCCUGGGCCGCAACCCUGCCGUGUUCCCGAGGCCGGAGCGCUACGACCCCCAGCGCUGGCUGGGCCAGAGGGGCUCGGGGACGAGCUUCCGACACCUGGCGUUCGGCUUCGGCGCGCGCCAGUGCCUGGGCCGGCGGCUGGCGGAGGUCAGCAUGCUGCUCUUCCUGCACCACGUGCUGAAAAACGUCCUGGUGGAGACGCUGAGCCAAGAGGACAUGAAGAUGGUCUACCGCUUCGUGCUUAUGCCUCACUCCUCCCCCCUCCUCACCUUCCGGGUCAGCAACGAGCCGCACGUCCCAGCUCUGCAGCCCGCCCUGCCGCCAGCCUCCCUUCCAGGUGUCCCCGCGGGCACCCCUGUAUUCACCAGAGGUCACUGCUCCCCAAGCCCCACACCUGCCAGCCAGCACCCCGGAGCAAACGGUACAGCCAAGGCCCGCGGAGGCCCAGGGCUUGCCGCCUAUGCAGCCCCUAAAACUGACCCCGCAGACUCCCGCUUCACUGCUGAGUGCUUUCACACUGAGCUAUCAGCCGACUGCCAUCAGAGCAGCCUGCCUGACUUCUUCCUUCACUUCUUUAACCACGCCACUGCCCCGCUGCGGGCCACACGCAGCCGCCACCCGAGGGGACCCGGACUCCCACCUGCAGCCGGCGGCCCCUGCACCGGGCCCCAGCCCGCAGCCGCUGUCCCCGGGCCCGCGGGGCGGUCUGACCGAGGCCGGGAACCGCCGACGGCCGCCGCCCGCCCUGCGCGAGGGCGCACCGGGGAGCCGGGGCCGGAAUCCCGCCGGGACCCGACGCGAGCAGCGCCGCCCGUCCGCGCACAGUCUCCGGAGCCCCGGGAGGGGCCGGCGCGGGCCGCGGGGGCUCAGGGCGGGGACCCGGGAGCUUGUUCACGUCGCCGCGCACCGAGCGGGAAAUCGGGACGGAGAGCGGAGCCGAGUUCGUCCACCGGGUCCCGGCGCGAGCGGCUGCGCGGGAAGGAGGCGCUGGUGGCCGCGCGGGAGCCGCUCCCCUCCCGCACAGCCGCGCCCCCCCGGCUCCGGCCGCUUCUAGGACGCGCCGGCGGGGGCCCGCGCCCUUCUGGAAGGUUCCCCGACCAGCGCCUGGGCCGGGGCGCGUGGGCACGAGCGCGCCUGCGCGGCGACAGCUCCUGCAGCUCGGCCCGGAGGGGGCGGGGCGGCCCGGGGAAGGUUCCAGAAGGCACCAGAGGGCGGCGGGCCGGACGGCGCCGCGGGCUGGGCCAGGUGGGUGUCGGGGCCCGGGCGGAGGGUCCUGGGGGGCGGCCCGGCUCUGGGGCGCAGGGUCCCCGAGGCAGGGCCCUCCUUCGCGGGGGGCCGCCCCAGCUGGGGGAGCCGGGCGUGGCCAGGGACCCCCUCCCCUCGGGCCCCGGCGCGACCCUCACCCCGUCGCGCUCGGGGGUCCCACCGUGGGCACCGCCCCGCCCCCUCCCCUUGGGCCCCGUGCGCGACCCUCACCCCGUCCCGCUCGGGGGUCCCGCCGUGGGCACCACCCCGCCCCCUCCCCUCGGGCCCCGUGCGCGACCCUCACCCCGUCCCGCUCGGGGGUCCCGCCGUGGGCACCACCCCGCCCCUCCCCUCGGGCCCCGGCGCCCUCACCCCAUCCCCGCGGCGCUGCCCGGUGCCGGCCCCUACUCGGGCUCCUCUCCCAUCGGUUUGCAGGGAGCUGAUCCCCCGUCACCCCGUCGUCUGGGGCCGGAAGCUUAG